AUGGCCGAACAAUCGUUCGAGAUUCAAAUUGAAGAUGACUUGAAGUACGAUAUCCGGAUUGAAAAUGCGGCCCUUGCGAGCGGCCAGUUUUACAGAGAAGGUGAUCAAAGCGAUAUUCUGUCCUCCGACGAUGUCGAUGACAUGGUUAUCCGCCAUAACGGUGGUAGACGGUCCAUCUGCAUUCGUGGAGAUACGGACUCCGUGAGCGAGGCUCAAGGAAGCAUCGAUCUGAUUGACGAUAUCACGGAUGCUAGAAUUUGCUCUCUAGCCUGGAGAGCCUCUAUGCAGCCCGGAAAGCGAAAUGAAUUCGAGAAACAGAACCUGGAUAAAAAGUACACGGUUGACAUUGGCGACUGGAGUAAGUCUGGGGCAAUGGGAACAAUCCCUGUAACUAUUAAGCAGACUUGA